AUGCGAGUUCAAGCUGCCCGUGCUGCUUCACGUAUACUGCGAGCCCCGAGAGGCAGUUUCUUCGCCAGCCCUGGGCCAACCCGGGCGCUGUCUGCACAAUGGGCCGCCUCGUUACAUACCGGCACGCGGAAGUCUGCAGCCGCGGAGUCAGCUCAUAGGGACUCUUCUAACCCGGCUAUGUCAUUCCCCUGCCUCGACGCCCAAGAAGCAAAAUCAGCACAACUCUCCGCCCGUUCCCUCCGAUCCGGUCCCGAACCCUCAUACACCACCGGCCAACAUGAAUCAUACCACUGCGAACAGCCGCUCCUGCUGGACUGGGGCGGUGUCUUGAACGAGUUCGAUAUCGCAUAUGAGUCAUGGGGAGAACUCAACGCCGACAAGAGCAACGCUAUCCUCCUCCACACCGGCCUGUCGGCUUCCAGCCAUGCCCACAGCACAGCAUCAAACCCGAAGCCCGGCUGGUGGGAGAAAUUCAUCGGCCCCGGCCUGCCUCUCGACACCAACAAAUACCACAUCAUCUGUACAAACGUACUGGGAGGAUGCUACGGCAGCACAGGCCCUUCGUCGGUUGACCCCUCCGACGGCAAGCGGUACGCGACCCGGUUCCCGAUCCUGACCCUUGACGACAUGGUGCGCGCGCAAUUCCGCCUCCUCGACGGGCUGGGAAUCAAGAAACUCGCCGCCUCCGUCGGAUCAAGCAUGGGCGGCAUGCAAAGUCUAGCAGCCGGCGUGCUCUUCCCAGAGCGCGUGGGCAAGAUCGUUAGCAUCAGCGGUUGCGCUCGCAGUCACCCCUACAGUAUCGCGAUGCGCCACACCCAGCGCCAGGUCCUGAUGAUGGACCCGAACUGGGCGCGUGGAUUCUACUACGAUGCGAUCCCACCGCACUCGGGUAUGAAGCUCGCGCGCGAGAUCGCUACCGUUACCUACCGCAGUGGUCCGGAGUGGGAAAUGCGCUUUGGUCGUCAACGCGCGGAUCCUAGCAAGCAGCCCGCUCUUUGUCCGGACUUCCUUAUCGAGACAUAUCUCGAUCACGCUGGUGAGAAGUUUUGUCUUGAGUAUGAUCCAAACAGUCUUCUGUAUGUGUCUAAGGCUAUGGACUUGUUCGAUCUUGGUCACGCGCAUCAGACUGAGACUCUGAAGCGGCGGGCCGAGUCCGAGGAUCGUAUUGCUCAUGGCGACGUUCCUCCUAGCUCUUCCGAGGCUUGCAGUCUUACUCUUCCGGAUCAGCCGUAUGAGGAACAGCCUGGCUCUGCAUCCAAUGCGACGCCGUUGGAUGAGUCUGUUUCUACCGAUGGGACAGAGGGACCCCCUCGUGAUCUUGUUGCUGGUCUUGCGCCGCUCAAGAACCACCCUGUGCUUGUCAUGGGUGUCGCUAGUGAUAUUCUUUUCCCUGCGUGGCAGCAGCGUGAGAUCGCGGAGACACUCCGUGCUGGAGGAAACCAGAAUGUGAAGCACGUUGAGCUCGGCGAUGACGUGUCGCUGUUCGGUCACGACACUUUCCUGUUGGAUUUGAAGAACAUUGGUGGUGCGCUUGGCAAGUUCCUUGACUAG